GAACAAUUCGAAAACAAAACAAUUGCGACUGAGCACGAAAGCACGUUUAGUUGUUUGUUUGAAGAAGCGACCACACUCCACCUACGAUAUGCCGCAAGAUACGAAAAGAAUAAAUGGACCAGAUAUAUCCACACCGUACCGGGUUUACUGCAAAGCAAAUGCGCCGAAAGAGUUUGAAGAUCGACUGAAUGAGGCGAUCGGGAAAAAUGGGAAACGAAAAGAUGGUCGUCGGCUGCAGGAAAGCCGCAAGUAUUAUGCAAAAAUUGGCGUAGUUUCAACGGCCAAAGGAUCCGCUUAUGUGGAGCUGGGUAACACCAAAGUCAUAGUAUCCGUGUUCGAUCCGCGAGAAAUACCGAAGCAAAACAAAUUCAACCAGUUGGGUGAACUGUAUUGUGAUUUCAAGUAUUCUCCCUUUGCCUCGAUGGUGAGGAAAGCGCCACAAACAGAUGCACGCGAACGCAGCAUGGCAACGGCAUUGACGAGCGCGCUCAACCCAUCCGUUUGCCGGCAUUUGUUCCCUAACUUGCAGAUUGAUGUGUUUGCAAACGUGCUGGAAGAUGAUGGAUCCGCGCUAGCCGUAGCAAUAACGGCUGCCGGAUUAGCAUUGAGUGAUGCCUGUAUUCCAAUGUUCGAUAUAGUGACGGCUGCAACUGCCGGCAUCUUAGGAAACCGCAUCAUCGUUGAUCCUACGGCAGAAGAAGAAACGUUGUGUAUGGAUGGAUACACCGAAGAUAACCAUGGGCUGGUGAUGAUAGCAAAGCUGCCAACGUUGGACCAGGUGCCGGAAAUACGGCAGUAUGGAAAUGUGGAUGUCGAAAUGUUGUGGGAAACGUGUAAACAACUGAACACAAACUGUGGAGACAUGGUUCCGAUCGUGCAACACUUAUUGGUGAGCAAAGUGAAGACUAACCUUCGGGAGCUUGAGAUAGAAAGUGACGAAGAAAGCGAACACGGCGAGAAUAAGGAGGAUAAUGCCGAUAGUGCACUUCCCAGCAGCUCGGGAGCAGAUAAAUGAUGUAAAGCAAGAGAAUAAAAUAGAAACUAAAACUCAA